AUGGGUUUGUCUUUGUCCUCCGACCGGCAAGAAGAAGAGACACCCGCCGCCGUUGCUCUGCGAACCUCUCGCCGACCCAACUGCUCCGUCAUGAACCACAUCUUCGAUUUCGGCCUUGCUUUCAGCCUCUUUUUCCUCGCCUCGCGAAACUUUCGUUCACGGUCGCAGCUCGAGACCCCGAUCACUAUCGAUUUGAAUACCAAGGGCGGUCGUGAUUCGGCGAGCUGCACGAUAUGCCAGGAGGAGUUCGCGCCAGGAGAGAAGGUGUGUGUGCUCCCGCGGUGCAAGCACAUGUUCCACGAAGACUGCCUCCGUGACUGGAUCAUGUCCAAGGGCACCUGCCCGCUGUGCCGAGACCGUGUGAUCGACCCAAGAGUCCUCGGAUGGCGAGGAGGAUUACUAGGACGAUCUUGA